AAAAUUUCAAGGACAAGGUUUCGCCCAAAAAAUCUGCGACUCAGUGCGAGGCGUUGCUGCAUUUUUCCGUUCUCCUUGGCUGCCAGGCGGCAGCUGAAACAGAAAGGUUUCUCUUCAAUGUGCACAGUCAAAGAUCGACAUUCUUCCGCGCCACUCCUCUAUUGAAACAGUCCAAGUGACAACAAUAUGGAGGCAGCAUUGCGUGCCAUACGAUCUGAAACUUUUGCAUUUCAAUCUGCAUUGUCGCACACCCUUCCUUACUCAAAGAGAACAGCAGCUGGCUUCUGCAUAGAGCUCCCUAAACCUUCCUUUGGUGGUCCUUUCGCAAAGAGAACCUUAUCAAGCGAAGGGAGGAAAAGCAAGGGUACGAGGAGUUUCACACUCAAGCAGGGUGGUGCAGUGGCGACCAUGCAAUCAGAAAGGUCUUUGCCAGAUCUUAGCCUUCGGCAGCCAGAGGUCGAAAAAGCGAUCCAGGCUGCUUUGAGCAACUGCUUAGAUAAGACGUGGCUCGAGAAGGAGAUUCCCGUCCUGCAAUCAAAGAAGGAAGGGAAGGUGCGAGACACUUAUGACGCAGGCGACAGGCUGGUGAUUGUGACCACCGAUCGUCAGAGCGCUUUUGACAGGAUUUUAGCCGCAGUCCCGUUCAAAGGUCAGGUUCUGAACCAGACCAGCGUGUGGUGGUUCGAGCAGACCCGGGAUCUCGUCCCAAACGCCUUCCUCUCGUCUCCAGACCCAAACGUCACCGUCUUUCAGAAGUGCAAAGUCUUCCCAGUGGAGUUUGUAGUACGCGGCUUCAUCACGGGUACCACGAGCACGUCCUUGUGGACCGUCUACAACAAGGGCAUCAGGAACUACUGCGGGAAUGAGCUGGACGAAGGAAUGGUGAAGAAUCAACGGUUGCCUGAGAACAUCCUCACUCCCACGACCAAGGCCGAAGACCACGACGCCCCCGUUUCACCCCAGGAGAUCGUGGAGCAAGGCCUAAUGUCGAAGGAGGAUUACGGAUUCGUGGCGGAGAGGGCAUUGGCGCUGUUUGCUUACGGCCAGAAAGUGGCGGCGGAGCGGGGCCUGCUGCUGGUGGACACCAAGUACGAGUUCGGGAAAGCGGCGGACGGUUCGAUUUUGCUGAUCGACGAGGUGCACACUCCGGACUCAAGCCGCUAUUGGCUCGCCUCCAGCUACGAGGAGCGGCACGCGUCUGGGCAAGAGCCGGAGAACAUCGACAAGGAGUUUCUGCGGCUCUGGUUCCGAGACAACUGCGACCCGUACAAUGACGAGGUCCUACCAGAAGCUCCCAAAGAAUUGGUGGCCGAGCUUUCGAGAAGGUAUAUUCUUUUGUACGAGACGAUAACGGGGCAGAGUAUACAGCUGCCAAACCUUCAGGAUCGCAUACACGAUCGGAUCGUUCGGAACGUGAGGUCAAGUCUAGGGACCCAAUGAGUGGCGGAGUAUGCUUCUAACGCAUCAGAUGACGGAUGACCAUUCUUGCUGGUCUUCUUUGGCAGGAUUGCAACUUGCAAAGCUCUUGCCUCGGAUGUCGAGGAAUGUGCUUAAGUGCGGACUGUGGCAUAAUGUACGUGUUCUCUCAGCGCUCUCUCACCUGACAAGGCCUUCAUCUCUAUUAAAAAGGACAUUGACAUGCGUGUGAUGCGGCCAUCACUAAGAAUAUGUACUGGCAGUGACCGCACUUGAAGGACCAGAAUAGAGGUGCAGAG